AUGGCCAACAUCACGGAAGAUUUGAUAGUCCACGUUCUCUCCCGACUUCCAGUAGAAACUCUGCUACGGUUCAGGUGCGUUUCUAAAAGAUGGUGUGCCCUAAUUGACUCCCCUAACUUCCUCAGUUUGCAACUCAAUGAAUCACUCGCAACCAACAAUAACCUCACUCUGAUUUUUGAAAAACUGAAGGUCGACGGUCUCUAUUCUUUAGGGUUUGACUCUCUUGAUGAUAUCCUAAACCAUGAUGACCAUAAUAUAGUAAAAUUUGACGACCCUUUUCUGAAAGCAGACAAAUUUGAUAUAGUAGGUUCUUGCAAUGGCUUGAUUUGUUUGAUAUCUUUGGGUGUUAAUGAAGUGCUCAUGUUGUUAAACCCAUCCACCAAAAAACACCAAAUUUUACCACCUAUGCCACCACCUUCUUCAGAAAUUUGUGACACUGUUCAUGGAUUUGGGUAUGAUCCCGUCAAUGACGAUUACAAGAUUGUAAAUGUGGCCACUUUGUUUGAUGAUGAGGUGAACCCUUUGGGCUCUGAAAUAACAGUUUUUAGUUUGAAAUCGAAUGUAUGGAGAAGGAUUAAUCAUCGUUUCUCUAAUCUCCUUAGACCUGGUCAGCAUGGUGUAUUUUUUAAUGGUGCUUUGCAUUGGGUGGCUACUCGCCAGCCCGAGUUACAUGAGGAUAAUUAUAUUGCUGCAUUUGAUCUCAGGGUUGAGAACUUCCGGGAGGUGCAGCUCCCAAAAGAUUUUUGGUCGGUGACUUUGGGAGUUUCGGGUGGAUGCUUGUGGCUGUUUGGUAUUAAUGUUAAUGAUGACGACCAUCUGGAGUUAUGGGUAAUGAAUAAUUACGUGAUGCGGGAGAUGUCGUGGACAAAACAUUCUCUAUCUUUCUUUUCACAUGUGUGUUGGAAAUAG